AUGAGACGACUGGAGGGUUCCUCAAGAGCUCCGGUACGAUCGUCGCGUUGUGUGGGCCAGCGCGAUAUACCUGGCGAAGGCCCAUGCUACGUCUACGAGGACGGCACCUACUGUCGGGCUAUAAUAGACGGCGAGGCCGUGAACCCUUCCUGGGGCAUUACGAAGGCGGGGAAGCCUCGAAAACGACUCGCGCAGGCUUGCCUUACCUGUCGAGAGAAGAAGAUCAAGUGCGAGCCCGGGUAUCCAAAAUGCCAGCAAUGCGCCAAGUCGCAAAGAGUAUGCAGAGGAGGACUCAAUCAAAGCAAUGCAUCCGGCGAGACAUCACCGUCAAACUCCGCUCCGCUAUUUAAGAACCAUUCGUCCGAAGUCUUGAGUCCCGCAGCCAACUCAGAUAGAAACAAAGCUCCCGGAGAGCUGCGAGACUCAUCAAGAAAGGUUGACACUUGGAACUCCGGAACCCCGUUCAGACCUCGAAAGUACCGCCAUCAUACUAGCACGGACCCGAGAGACAUGUCGGUACAGUCGUACGAUUCGGAUUGGAGUGGUUCGGCAAAUGACCAGAGCCUUGACGAUCCCGGACGUGGCUCUUACUCCGAUCAACUUGCCCUCCAAUGGGAACAGGAUCCUUUCGAAACUGACCCUGGACUGACGAUGCACCUACUGGAUCUUUAUUUCAAUCACGCGGGUCGCGCGACCUAUGGCAUGUUUCCUCGUAGACCCUUCCUCGCAUGGGUAGAGGGUAACCGCGACAAGAACCACGACCACUUGAUGCUUUUAUACUCAGUCCUGGCUAUAGGCUCACUGUUUUCGGUUGAUGGAGAUAAGAAAGCCCUGGGAAAGAAGUUCGCUUCGGUUGCGUCAUAUGCAGCAGAAAAGCGGUUCGGGAAAUUCAGCCUGCAGUUAUGCCAGACUCGGCUGAUGCUCGCGCUCUACUAUUUUGCUCGCGGCAAGUCACAGGAGGCCUGGGACUAUUGUGGUGCUGGUCUGCGAGCUCUCAGCGCCCUGAAGCUGAAUUCUGAAGAAGGCGUUAAAGAGCUGGUUGAUAGCAGUGCCGAUUGGGACUAUGGACUUGAUCGUCAAAUGUUCGCGGAGUGCUGUCGUCGCACUUUUUGGUCCGGACUACUGAUGGAUGUAAGUCACGACGUCAUCAAGGUCCCAGCAUCCGUUGACUUGAUGCAACAACAGCGAUACAAUGGCUUCUUCGGAGGGACCCUUUUCGUCCUCAACUUGGAGGAUGCCUUCGUUCAGCUCCCAUGUCUGGACAGCAUGUACGAUGCAUCAACACCGUGUAACGCGCCGAUCCUAGACGAAGAUCUCCUGAGUGGAAAUGCCACUUCUGGCCCCGUUCUUGGCCACAUGGCGUAUCUAUGCCUGAUAUCGACGCUAUGGGGCGAGGUCCUUACCUUCACUAGCCGAGCUGCGCGUCGGCCCGACAGUACCUAUGAACGACAUUACGACACGUUCUACACGCGAAUCAAUGAGAAGCUGGAAGCAUGGCAUGCGAUGUUGCCGGAGGAACUUCGUUACAGCCCACGAAAUCUCGACAACAGCAUGGUUGCAGGAUACGCAGGUACAUUCGUGUCUAUACACGCUUUGUAUUACGCUACAAUCAUCCGGCUCAAUCGCCAUAUCAGAGUCAGCAUAUUACCAAUGGAAAAACAACGCCGAAAUCUGGAACGAGCCCUACGCAUGGCGUCCAACUUUCUGUCGAUGAUGCUUUCCCUAGCUCCAGCUAGCCGCCAACGUCUUUCGCCCACCGUUGCCUCGGACCUCUCGUUCUCGACGCCUUUCCCUGGUUACGCGCUCAUGCUUUCGGUCGAUGUAUUGACCUCUGCCGGGCUGUUAUCAUCAUUGCCGACUUUGAUCGAGACACUCAACACUACACUGACCUGUAUCGACGAACUAGCAGGCGUUUGGGCUUCUGCAAAAGCGCAGCAGAAGACAGUAUCGAAUCGGAUCAAGCAGCUCAUGGAUAUUGCCGCACAACAGGGCCAAGGCAUAAGCAACGGAAGUUACGGAAAUUUCUGGAGGAUCGGCAACAGUCUUGAGACGGCUUUCGGAAACGAUGAUGCGUUGUAUAAGACCGAAGACCAGUUGCUUUUCGGCGUUGUGGGUCAGCUUACGAGUCAGUAA